UAAGACCCUCUUUAAUAUUUGUGUAUAUUUAUUAAAUACAUACGUAAAGUUUGUUAGUAUGUUUCAUAUAUGUUUCUCGUUUCUCGUUUUGUAAAUAGAUUAGACCUUUGGUUUUUCUGUUUGAAUUAUGUUACACUGGUUAUUUUGGGGCCCUUUAUAGCUUACUGUUCGGUGUGAGCUUUUGCUUCGUGUUGAAGGCCGUACUUUGACCUAUAACUGUUUAACUUUUUAUGCAUUGUUACUUGGAUGGAGAGUUGCCUCAUUGGUACUCAUACCGCAUCUUCUUAUUUAUACUAAUAUUGUAAUGGUUAUAUAUGUUUUUUAAAUAUAUUUUUGUUUUAAUUAUUAGAUUAAAAUGGAAUCUGUCAUAAAACAGGAAGUACCAGUUAGAACCCCUGAACAGACCAGAUCUACUAAUGUGCCUUUGGAACCUGUGCAACAACAGCCACCUAAUAGAAAUACCCAGAACAUACCUUCAGAAUUUGAGAUGGUGGAACAUUUAAACAACAUAAUGAGUACAAAAAUCGAAGAUUUAGCCACCAAGAUAGCAUACAAUGCCCACAUAUUGACAAUACAAAAGAGAAAGUUAGAAGAGGAAAUUAGUUUUAAAAAACAUUUAAAAAUGAGAAAAAGAAUGCUAUUAGAAAGAAGAACAAAUGGCAUAUAAUUUGAUCUUUGGAAAUGGACACUAAAGAACUUUAAAUACAAUAAAAGAGUUGUAUGUUAUGAUUGUUUUCUUUAAUCUUUUAUUACACAAAAAGUACCCUUACGGUGAGACAAACUCAUAAUGAGCAAAUGUAUGGACAGUACCGGAAUGCAGUUACCCUCUUGCCUUCCCUCUCU